CAGUAUAGCCAUUUGUGCAAGUACUACAAAUUCCGAUUCUUUAUAUAGUCAUUGAUCCACAGUUAGUCUAGCCAGGCAAAAAUGUCUGCCCUUAGCAGGAGCGACUUGCACCGGAUUUUUGAGAUGAUAGACAAGAACGGGGAUGGCCUGGUGAGCUUGGAGGAGCUCAACUGGCUCCUGGAGAGAAUCGAAGUCCAGUUUAGUCAGGAAGAGCUUGAGUCCCUCGUGGGGAAGCAAAGCCUAAGCUUUGACGAAUUCUUGUUCUUCCAUGACACCACCAUAUUAAACGGUAAUUACCAGGAGGAAGGCGAAGAAGGUGACCUUGUGAAGGCGUUUAAGGUGUACGACUUGAACGGGGACGGAGUCAUUUCCUCAGAGGAGCUGCAGAGCGUGCUGGGGAGGCUAGGGUUGUGGGAUGAAAGUAGCGGAAAAGAUUGUAGAAGAAUGAUUUAUGCGUAUGAUACUAAUCUGGACGGGGUGCUGGAUUUUGAGGAAUUCAAGAACAUGAUGUUGCAUACGGUGUCUUAAUUCAAAUAUAUGAAAGAGAUAAAUUAGAGUGCCAUGAUUAAAUUAUACAUUAUUGA